UUUAACUUGCUAACUGAUUAUUAUCUGACAUUGAGGUCUUGCUGAUUCCAGCUGUAGAACACGGUGGUGGAGAGGUGAUGAUGUGGGGAAACAUUCUGGGGUCAAAUGAGGUCACCAGUCUCAUUUGCUUCUCAAUGUCCUUCCAGGUUCAUCUGCUCUAAAAAUGAACAAUUAAUCACAAGCAGGUGAAAUAAAUGUAGAAAAUCCCUUAUAUAAAUGUAACUAAAUAAACGGAACCAUGUUUUAAGGUUUUAAUGAAGCUACGUGAAUCUCUUCUGGCGCUGCUGCCUGUUUCUGCUGCGUUCAGGUGGAUCGGAGUUAUUUUUCGGUCUCUGGAGACAUUUGUCUGUCCUCUCUCUCCCGGAGCUCCGCCUCGGAUGUUGCUGCCGCUGCUGCUUGUUUAUCUGAUUACAGCCUUACAGGAGCUGCUUUCUCCUUAAAGCGACACCAGUUUAAUUAAUCGGCCUGAACCAGCAGCAGCAGCAGGAGGAGGAAGAGGAGGAGGAGGAGGAAGAGGAGGAGGAGGAAGGAGACCGAGGCGGAGGAUGCAGAUGAAGAGCAGCAUCCAUCUUCUCGCUGCCUCCCUGAUUUCGGCGCCUUGCACGAGGAUUAUGAAUCCGAUCUGAGCCGCCAUGGAUGCGGGGAAACCCUCCAGCUUCUGCUCGGAUUUCCACCCUGCAGGAGGAGCGGGCCGUGAACGCGUCACGCAUUCAGGUAGUCGGUGAAGCUGCGGAGUGUCCAGCGCGGCCUCAGUGAGGUAACACCACCCGGAACCCUUCCUCCCUCCACCCCCACAUGGACCUCUGACAAACGCCCUUAGCUCCGCCGCAGACGCGGUGCGCAGAUGCGGCGCGCCGAUGCGACGCGCCUGGUUGUCCGCGCUGCGCGUCGCGCUGCGGCCGCUCGCUGAGGCUCUGGUCCGGGACGGCGGCUGCCCGCGGCGCGGCAGGAUGGUGCGCAUCGCCAGCGCGCUGGGGCUCAUCAUCUUCAGCGUGGCGCUGCUCAUCCUGUCGCUCAUCAGCUACGUGUCCAUCAAGAAGGACUUCCUGCCCGGAUCCCCGCGGUACGGACCCAACGGAGGCCCCAGGAUGUACAUGUUCCACACGGGGUACCGCGAGAGGCCACCUCGUAAACCCGACCUGAGCUCCCAGCUGGCCAUGAAGUACCUGGAUCCAGACUUCGUUCCUCUGUCCAACGCUCUGACCGAGGAUCUGCAGAACGCCUCUAAAUGGAGAUACAACAGCACAGCUUUCACACAGCUGAGGACGGAGAUUUCUCAACACAUCGACAUCCCCCGUAAUUUCACGUUGACCCGGGACUCCGUCAGAGUCGGCCAGCUGAUGCACUUUGACUAUUCCAGUCACAAAUAUGUCUACUCCAUCGGUGAGAACUUCCGGUCGCUGCUGCCGGAGGUUUCGCCCGUCCUCAACAAGCGCUACAACGUCUGCGCCGUCAUCGGGAACAGCGGCAUCCUCACCGGCUCGCGCUGCGGGGCCCAGAUAGAAAAAUACGACUUUGUCCUCCGAUGCAACUUCGCGCCAACGGAGAUUUUUAAGAAGGACGUUGGGCGUCGGACCAACAUGACGACCUUUAACCCCAGCAUCCUGGAGAAAUACUACAAUAAUCUGCUGACUGUGCAGGACAGGAACAACUUUUUCCUGAGCCUGAAGAAGCUGGACCGAGCCAUCCUGUGGAUCCCAGCGUUUUUCUUCCACACUUCGGCCACGGUGACCAGGACGCUGGUGGACUUCUUUGUGGAACAUCGAGGCCAGCUGAAGGUCCAGUUGGCCUGGCCUGGAAACAUCAUGCAGCACAUCAACAACUACUGGAAAACCAAGCAUUUGUCUCCGAAGCGCCUGAGCACCGGGAUCCUGAUGUACACGCUGGCGUCCUCCAUGUGCGACCAGAUCCACCUGUACGGGUUCUGGCCCUUCGGCUGGGAUCCCAACACCGGGAAGGAGCUGCCGUACCAUUACUACGACAAGAAGGGCACCAAGUUCACCACCAAGUGGCAGGAGUCCCACCAGCUGCCAGCCGAGUUCAAGCUGCUCUACAAGAUGCACACCGAGGGUCUGCUGAAGCUCAGCCUGUCGCACUGCACUUAGCGUCUGGAUUCAGACCGCUAACCAGCACCGCUAACGGCUAAACUACGGCCAAACUACGGCUAAACAACAACAAUGGAGUCAUUCAGAGUGAAAGCAGAAUCAGGACAUAAGUGACCUGAGUGAAGCCGGCCCCCAAACCUGCUUCAAAGCUAAUAAAAUUAGCGUCAAACUUUUGUGCCGCGUUUUUGCUGCCAGCAUUUUAAAAACAUUAAUUAAAAAGUUUUCAGAGGCUAACCGGCCUUCGACGUCCAAAUUGGUGUCAAACAUUUGUGCUGCGGAAAUUUUUGUUUGUGCUGCUUUUGCUUUAAACACAUUAAUAAAAGUUCAAAGGUCAACCAGCUCAAACACUUUACUCAAAUCUAACAAAAUUUGUGUUAACAUUUGUACUUGAUUUGUGCUGCAAUUUUUUGUGCUGCUUUUGCUUGGAAAAUAGUAAUAAAAGUUUAAACACAUGAUCCAAAUAAACCGAAAUUGAUGUCAAAUGUUUGUGCUUCGUUUGUGCCGCAAAGACUUUUAUUUGUGCUGCUUUCAUUUGAAAGACAUUAAUAAAAAUGUUUCCAGAGGUCAACCAAACAAAAUUGGUGUCCAUCAACUCUGCUGUGUUUGUGCUGCAAAAAGUUUAUUUGUGCUGCUUUUGCUUUGAAGAUCUUCAUCAAAGUUUAAAGGUCAAAAGGUCAACCAUUGACAUUGAUUCUGUAAAUUGAGGGAUGUUUGAACUCUGGAAACUUUAUUAUUUAUGUUUUUAAAAUGAUAGCAGCACAAAUAACAAUCUUUGCUGCACAAACACUUAACACCAACUUUGUUUUCUUUGGGUAAUGUUGGAGUGCUGGUUGACCUUCUGACCUUUAAACUUUCCUCAAUAUAUUUAAAGCCAUAGCUACAGUAUUGAAAUUUUCUGCAGCACAAACGCAGCAGAGUUGAUUGACACCAAUGUUGUUUGAUUUCGUAAACGAUUUGGAGCUGGUUGACCUUUGAUGACCUUUGGAAGCCUUUAUUAAUAUCUUUAACAUGAUAGCGGCACAAAGGCAAAUUUCUGCUGCACAAACGUAGCACAAACUGACACCAAUUUGUUAGAUUUGAAGAAGGAGGGCUGCCAGCUUCACUCAGGUGAGAAAAUGGCUGCAGCUCUUGGGAAGAAUCUGAGCUGCAAACGGCAACAAUCCGAUACGCUGAAACUUUUGUUUUCUAACGUUUAAAACGAAACAUUAAUCAAGCUGUUUUCUGUUUUCUGCGUUUUUGUUGGUUUUAUUUGCUAUAUUUAAAAACUGAAAGUACAUUUCCAACUUUUGACCAUCUCGAUAUUAUUUUGAGGUGUGCAGAAAACAUUUGUGGACUCAGUUAGGGCAUCAUUAAAAAAGUCAAGGUUCUAAAGCGUAGCAACAAAAUGAGGAACCAUUCAGUAAACUGGAAACAGGCGUGGAGUUAAAAUGGGAAACAAAGCAACUUAAAGCCAGAAGCGUUACUGUAAAGAUAAAAUUAAAAACAAAACGAAACAAGACGCUAGCUAAUAACAGCUAGCAGCCAUUUUUAUUUAGCGGGACAAUAAUCUGUUUUCCAGUUCUUUAAAAUUUUUACUCAGGUCAAGUAGUUCCAUAAAAAACAUUUUUUGAUGGUUUGUUAGCAGCUUUAGAUGCUAAAAGUCUGAUUGUUGCUAGUUUAUGCUAGCUAUGCUAGCUAUGCUAAGUGACCAUUUUGUUUCUUUUUGUAAUUCAUCUACUUCUUAAACACGCCAUAAUUUAAGCCCAUUGCCUUCAACAAUGCAAAAGUUAUAUUCAUAAAUAUGUUUAAUAAAUAUUAAUGGUUGCCGUAAAUGAAGCUAGUGCCAAAGCUAACAGCAGUUAGCUGCCAUUCUGGUUGUUAGGGAGACAGUCGUCUGUUUUUCAGUUCUGUAGCCAUUUUUGUGCUGCUGGCUGGAGAUUUAUUAGUUUUCUGAAAAACUAAUACUUAAAUUAAAAUUACAUUUAAUCAUUUUCUCCUGGUUAGCUAGCAGCCCUAGAACGCUAAUGCUGGUUGGCUAAAAUAAAAGCUAGCAAGCUAUUACAUUAUUACACUGUUUUAAAACAUGUUAUUAAACCCUAAUAGAUAAUAAUAAAAACCAUAUUUGUUAUGGUUUCUCUGAAAAUGCUAAUGUUUGUUAGCUGGUGCCAUUGCUAGCUGAAUGCAAUUAGCUGCUUUUGUUGCCAUAUUGUGUUUAUUAAAUCAGCUUUUUGCUUAGAUUUAGUGAUUACAUUAAAUAAACAUUUAUAUUUUAAAAUUAGCUGAUAGUCAAAUGUUAGCUUAACAAACAGCUGCCCAAUAUUUUACCUGAUUUUAAUCUUCAUGUAGUAGAACUCCUCGACAAAUUGAAAGAACUGUUUUGUUGUUUAAAACUUUGGAGCAAUUCUCUCUUUCUAUCUUUCUUUCUUUCUUUCUUUCUUUUUUAAUCUUACGUGACUUAAAUCUAAAUUGGCUGCUGUUACAUUGUGUACCAGUAAAUCUGCUAAAACCAAGGCUAACAAGCUGUUAGGUUAUAAAUCUACCAGGAGACAGCAACAACGGCGAGCGACUGCAGAAACGUUGAACGUGCUGUGCCUCCAUCCGUCACCCUGACCUCCACACCCGGCUUUCCGCUUGGUUGCAUACAGAACACUCUACCUCCUGCGCUGGUGCUGGACGUUCACACUGGACAGGCCGGAUCUCGUUUGAAACUCAACGAUGAAGCAGGAAUCUACCAAUAACGAUGCUAACUGGAACAGAACGACGGAGAAAACGACUUUAUGUUGAGCAUCAAUUCCUGCUUUGCUUGGUUUUCAAUGGGAGUCGGUGUAAAAUGAAAGCACUUAGAGAAUUAAAGCCACAAUUUGUCACUGUUGAUGACUCAUAAUUCUCCUUACAUGUUGUCAUGUUAUCAUCUAUGAGCUAAACUGGGCUAAUUAAAAAUGGUUUGUGAUCCAUUUAUUUACGGGAUAAAUUGGACAGUUGGUGGAAAUGUUGUGGAUGUGCAUCUCAGGUUUUUCUGACUGUAUUAAAGCAGAAUGUUGUUUUUUUUGUUGUUGUUGUUGCUUCUCAGCAGUGGCGACCCUAAGAGAGGGCUAAGGGGGGCCAUGGCCCCCUCCUAAAAAAUAUUGGUCACUAAAAAAAAUAAUAAAAAUACAUUUUCAUCAAGCAAAACCCAAUAAAUAAAUGCAUAUAAUUUUAAAUGAAAUUAAAAAUGUAUUCAAAGAAACACAUUUUAUAUAUUUGGCCACCUGUAUUAACAUUUUCUUGGGGCUCCUGCUUCUUUUAUUAACAUUUUAAAUCAGUUAUUGUUAUCAAAGUCUGAUUCUGAUUUAAAAUCUUAUUUCUUGUUAUUAAUUUCAUUUUUAUCAGCCCUUUAAAACCACUGGAUGAACUUUAGGCUCAUUAAAUGUGAAUGAUUGUCUGCAAAACGCUCAUUUUCCUCGCAGGUGAGGAUGCCAUGUUUUUCUAUGUGCUGCCAUGUUUGAGUGAAAUCCCCCAAACUGGGUCUAUUUUUGUAAGCUUAGCUGCAUUUUCUGCUUUUUGCCUUCAUUUCUUUUUCUGCUCUUGUUUGUAAACAAAAAUACAAACAUGACGAGAAAUGUGUCUUUGACGAAAAAGAUUGUUUUAUUCUUGCUGAAAAAGGGAAAUAUUAUUUUGCAACAUGAUUUAUUAUCCAUAAAGUUAAAGUGGGUGUUGUGGUUAUAUUUUUGAACAUAUUUGUGUUUCAGUAAAAUGUCAUUUUUACAUUUUGGAUGAAACAGCAGCUGCAUCAAAUCAGUUUGUCAUUCAGAUUAACUAUACAGUAGAGACACAUUUAGACAUCACACAAACAUACUGUAGUUUAAAAAUGUUUCAAUUAAUCAAAUACUUGAAAUAAAUUAUAUCUACUCUGUAUUAAUCACUUAAUCACUGAAUAAACUCAAACAUAAGUUU